AUGUCUACAGAGUGUCCACCUUCGUCCCCUGUAAGAUUCAGGUUGUCGAGCCCCAUGACUAACAAACCAUAUGGCAAGUCAGGGAAAGAUGGUCAACUAAACUCAACUAUAAUGAACGUCAAACCAAUACCCACUCCAGAUCCUUCCUCAAGUAUUGGUAUGGGGCUAUCAUCUCCUGUGAAGAAUCGGGAUAUCAUUCCAACUUCACCUGCUAAUUCAAGACAUUCAAGAGUGUCCUCGAUCGAUGUAGAUUUGGAAAGGAACAGUGUUACUCGUCUCACUAUUGGCAGGAAAAAGUCUGUCUGUGAUGUCGUCUUACCUAGUCGUCAAAACAUCUCUAGACAACACGCUUUUGUUACUUAUUUGAACAAAGAAAACAAAUUGAAGAUCAAAUGUAAUGGUACGAAUGGUAUUGUCAUAUUUCUUUCUCCAAACGGUAUUCGUUGUAAUCUCACCUACAUCAAUAAAGAAGAACAUAUCUAUAAAAUGUCGUUAGAUGGACCUAUAGAAAACUCUCAGAUUUUAACCUCGUUUGUACUAAUAAAAGGAGAAACUGUGGUGAUGCCAUAUUUGGAAGGUAUUAAAAUUAACUUUAGACAAGCUGAAGUAGCAUUACAUAUGAAGGAGAAUAUAUUAGAAAGUAGCGAAGGUAGUGCCACUGAGAGUGAGGAUGAAAUGUCUAUUUUACCAGUUACAACAGAUUCAUUUCACCAUCCUCCAGACACCCCCACAAAGAUAUCUGUUCAUAGGAAGCAAAUAUCUUUGCUAGCUGAUCAAGAUAAAGCAUUACCUCAUGAUAAUGAAUAUAAUUUAUCGAGAACCUCUGUUGUAGAUGAUAAUACAUUAUUUUCUAACGCUACUGGUACACCAUUAUUGCAACUACCUGCACAAGAGCCAACAACUCCUAAGAAAGUUAUCGAUCCUACUUAUAGAUUGCAUAACAAUUAUGAAACUCCCAUUCAAGGUCCUGGUCAAGAUAUCGAAACCGAAAAUAAUUCUUCAGCUAAUAUAAGAAAGGAAAUGUUUGGUGAUAUGGAACAUGUGUUUAAUUUCAGUGCUACUCCAAAGCAAGAAUUAUCUGAAACGCCUAAUAAAAGACAAAAACUAAAUGGUCCAAACGUACAAACUUCAUCACCUCCAUCUGAGGUAUUAACUAAUACACAAGAACCCUCAGUGAAAAAAUCCAAGGGGAAAUCUAAAAAAGCUAAAUCGUCAAAGGAAAAUGUAGCUUCCUUCACCCUAACUAUAGAGGAUCUUGAAAAAAAAGGAAUAAAUUGUGCUGAAAUCCAACAUAUUCUUUCCAACCACUUGGCAUUUGCUGCACAACAACAAACACCUCUUUCACAACUACAGAACACAAGUCACAGUAUUUCUCAACUGAGUACUGAGGAAGUACGCCUCUUACUAGAAACAGAGAAAUCAAUUGGUUGCAUCAAACGUGAAGGUAAGGAUGCGGCUGGUAAGUUACUAGAGGAAGAGUUCUAUUAUGAUAUAGAAAAUGAUUAUGAUGAAGACAGAAGGACUUUGGUAACGUGUUUGAAAGGUGGACGUGCUGGUAUAAGGUCAAGCAGAAAGAGUCACAAACAAUAUUUUUGGAAGAAGCCAGGUAAGAAAUAA